CGAAUCUGAAGAAAAAAAAAAAGAAAAAAUAUUCUUCGCCUCCGCGUCCGUUGCUCCCCUCCUUCCCCCGCCUCCGCCUCCUCGCCGCGGCGCGGCGGCGACGUCCACCGCCGCCUAGGGUUCGCCGGGGAGGGCGCCGCCCUCGUCGCCGUCGCAGGUCGCCCGCCGCCGGGUAUGCCACUCCGAUCUGCCACCCGCCAGCUCUCCUUCGAGCUCCUGGGGGAGGGCGGCCUCGCCGCGGCCGACGACGCCGACGACGACCUCUCCCCGCGCUCCUUCCCCGACACCACCUCCGAUGGGCAGCGGCGCCGGAGGCGGCGCUCCAAGCGCAAGCGCGGGCUCCGGAGCCCCCCGAUCGAGGAGGAGGAGAAGGAGGGGACGCCGCGCCGCGGCGGCGUCGUCGGGGUGUCGGAUCUGGUGUCCGUGUCCGUGGUGGAGCGCGAGAGCUCCGACGCGGAGAGGUCCGCGGCGAGCUGCGUGACGUACGUGGGCGUCGGGGUGGAGCUGCGGCAGAGGAGCGUCUCCGGGAGCGGGAGGGUGGUGUCCCGGGAGGACGCGACCAGCAGCUGCGGCAGCAGCGCGCGGGAGAGCGCCGCGGCGGCUGCCGCGGUGCCGGAGGCGGCGCCCGCGGCGUGGCGGCCUGAGGCGAACGGUGGCGGGAAGAAGCUGGAGAAGGAGGAUUCGCUAGACUGGGAGAGGUACAUGAAGGAGAAUGGCAACGUUCUUGGAGAAGUUGAGCGCCUUGACAACUCACCAUUCAGAUACUUCCUUGGAGAACUAUAUGGUGGAAAUUCACUUAGAGGCACAAUUUCAGCGGGCAAUGAUAAGAAACGACAGCGGGUCUACAACACUAUGUUUCAUGUGCCGUGGAGAUGUGAACGGCUGAUUGUCGCAGGAUUCUUUGUCUGCUUGGAUUCAUUUCUAUCUCUACUCACCAUUAUGCCUGCAAGAAUUGCCAUUACAGUCUGGCGGGUGCUUAAAACCAGGCAGUUUCUGAGGCCUAAUGCUGCUGAUUUAUCAGAUUAUGGAUGCUUUGUAGUUCUAGCUUUAGGAGUUGCUUCUUUGCAAAUGAUAGAUAUUAGUUUGAUUUACCAUGUCAUUCGUGGCCAGGGCACAAUCAAAUUAUAUGUUGUAUACAACGUGCUAGAGAUCUUUGACAAACUCUGUCAAUCAUUUGGUGAGGAUGUCUUACAAGUUUUGUUCAACUCUGCUGAGGGACUGUCAACAUGCUCGACAGAUAAUGCAACAUUUGAGCUGAUGCGGUUCAUUUUGGAUGAGGCUAUUGCAGUUCUUGCCUUUGUUGUCCAUUCAUUUGUCCUGUUAGCUCAGGCGAUCACCCUGUCAACAUGUAUUAUUGCCCACAACAAUGCACUAUUGGCUCUUUUGGUGUCCAAUAAUUUUGCUGAGAUAAAAAGCAAUGUAUUUAAGCGUGUUAGCAAAGAGAACCUUCACAAUUUGGUAUACUAUGACAUCAUUGAGAGGUUUCACAUCACAUCCUUUCUAUUGUUUGUACUAGCUCAGAAUAUCUUAGAAGCAGAGGGACCAUGGUUUGACAGUUUUCUUAUUAAUGCCUCCUUGGUAUUUAUGUGUGAAGUACUUAUUGAUGCUAUCAAGCACUCUUUCCUUGCAAAGUUCAAUGAGAUAAAGCCAGUUGCUUAUUCAGAGUUUUUGGAAGACCUAUGCAAGCAGAUUUUGAAUGACAAAACUGAUGACCGUCAGAAGGACCUAACAUUCAUCCCCCUUGCCCCUGCGUGUGUGGUGAUUCGUGUAUUGACUCCAGUAUAUGCCACCCUCCUUCCUGCUGGCCCAUUUAUCUGGAGAGUAUUUUGGAUCCUGCUUUGGUCAGUCCUGACCUACUUCAUGCUCGCCGUAUUCAAGAUACUAGUGGGAUUGGUAUUGCGCUGCCUUGCAACUUGGUAUGUAAAUCUUCGUCUCAAAAACAAACAACAUGUGGACUGAGCAUUUUGCACUUGGCACCAAAGUUUGGUGUGAAAGAUAACAUCCCCGGGAAGACAGACAUUUGCUGUGGUUCGUGAAGUACAGCAACCGCUGCAGCUGCUGCUUGAGUUCAGAUAUACAUAUAUGCCCAUAUGGCAAAAUUCUUGAUGAUAGUAUAGUACAGCUUAGAGGUUCUCUGAUCCUGAGGAACUGGGUAAAGUCCAAUUUUGCGGUGUUCACGGUUUAUUUUAUUUCUAGUACCUAUUGUUCAUAUAGCUCAUAGCUUCAUCAUAUAUAAGUAUAUUCUCAACCUAGAGAAGAUGUUUGCAAAGCCUGCUCUUCUGUCCACAAGACAUGUUUGUACAUUUCCUUUGAGAAAAAAAAAAGACAUGCUUAUCUCAUGUGUGCAAA